CAGCACCGGCUGUCAUAAACAUGGAACAACCUAAAGCAGUACCACGGCGAAAACGGAGGUAGGUACAGUCAAGUAUCGAUACGGACAGAGUGACAAAAAUAUGUACACACUACCUUAACCCUUUGACCGCCACCGUCGGCUAUGGCCGACAUCUGAAUGACUUGCCAAGGACGCCAACGACGGCUACAGCCGACAGUUUUGCCAAUGCAAUAGGGACUAACGCGGGACUCUGUAAAGUUCAAUUUCGCUUAAAUAAUCGUGAUAGCCAGCGUCCGGGGCACGGCAUGUUCCUUUGUCGUCUGGCGUUCAAAAGGUUAAUAUCAACGAGAAUUUGAAAUAAAGGUGGAGGCCAUCUAAUAGAUCAAAGGCCAAAGGUAAUAGCAACAUCGUUUCGCGUGAUGGCGCCAUAACUUUCAGGUUGUGCCCGGUAAGAUGGCGUCACUUUUUGAUAUUUAACAAAUUUAACACAUCAGUAAAAGAAUGAGGAUCAAAGUCAAAUGGCGUUCUAAGUUUUAAUUAUGUGUCGAAAGAUGGCAGUAAAUUUACGUUGCUACAAAGUUUUCUUUGACGAUGUUUCAAAUUCUCUUUAAUUAAUAUAUAGGCAAUAAGGUCGUGUAUACAUAUUUUUGGCACUUUGUCCGUAUCGAUAUUUAAUACCUUGACUGUACAAAGACGUUUGUAUCUGACCUAAAAAUGCUCAUUAGUCAUUUUCUAUUUCCGACAAGAAUUUUGGAGUGUGUGUGUGUAGUGUUCCUUAUAAGUGACAGUGUGAAUUCGUAAAUUUAAAUGUAUUACAUCUAAUAAAUAAGACCUUGGAGAAUUUUCCCAACAUACACAAAAAGUUAUUCCCGUCAUAAUAAACUAACACACACAAGGUUACUUUUAUCGCCACAGGUUACGACCUCAUAACCGUCGCUUGCUAUAGCUGUGUAUUUAUCUGUAGUAUAAACGAUAUUGCUCUCAAAUGUGGGUCUACAGCAUAUUGCUAAUUGCGUUGUCUUUGCACGUUACAUGUCAAGAAAGUCAGGAUCCUAUUUUGUAUUAUUAUGGUAUAGACGAGAGCGAGCGCAGCCUGCCCCUGUGCGGCGCGGGCGCGGCGUGCGCGGCCGUGCUGCGGCGCUACUGGCGGCCGGCCGCGCUGCUGCGCCUGUGCCGCUGUGCGCGCCGCGCGCGCUGCGACGCGCUGCUGCCGCCCGCCCGGCGGCUCCCCCUCAACAACCGGGCGCACUUCCAGUUUUGUAAACCUAUCACCGACUGGCCGGAUUGUUCCAUCGACGACGUUCCGCUGACCGUCCAAUCUCCGUACGCCCGCAUCGACCCCGAAGAAAUAGAAAACUUACAUCACAAAAACAUACAGCUUGCGCCUCCAAAAAUCACAUUUAAAUGUCGCUGUCGGCACCCUACAUAUUGGAAGUUGAUUUCUACCGUAGAAAACGAAGAUAUUAGUCAAUAUCGAUGUGCUGCCCUGCCUUCUUGUAAGACGGGAGAGUUGUGCGGUCAUGUUACAGGGGACUUGUUUGCGUUAUAUCAGUCGUGCACGUGUCCUAAGCAUCAUAUUUGUGUGCAAGGGGGAGGGCUGCCGGAGAUCAGUAUGUCUGAACUUCUCUACCGGGGGAAAGGAUGGCGGGCUCAUUGUGAACGCAUCAGCGACGAUUAUAGUUACGAAGAUUAUUAGCCCCUGAAGCAGCAAUAUACGACAAAACUUAUAUGUUAACUCAUUUUUGUAUUGAUAAUAUUAUUAUUCAAGUUAGCAAUUUAACAUGUUUGGUGUCCUGUGAUAAUGUAUAGAAUUAUUAACAUCAUGUGUUAAAAGGCUUAUUUGAGAUAACAACAUGGAGAUGGAUG